UCCCUACAAAGCAGAGAUACACCCCGUCCACUAUUGCUCGCACAUAUCACAAAGCCAGUCGAUCAGCAACACCAAAACAUGAACUACCUGGAGAAUUUGCUGAUCUACUUCAGCAAUCUGUCCACGUUCUACAUUUUCAGUGUGGCCAUUUCGGUGGCCGUGGUAAUUCUGACCAUCUACAUAGGAAUGGUGACCCGGUUCACGCUCGGCACGUCGGGAGAGGUCACCGUCGAUAGCAAGCAUCAGAAAUUGGUCAGUGGAGCAGGUUCGGGCGAUGGCGACGAGGGUAGCGAUGCAAGUGACGAUGAUGAUUUUAGAAGGAUUGAAUCCGUGGGACAGAUUAAGACGGCCAAGCUAAAGUCGCUGGAAAAUACCCUGACAGACGAGCAAAGGCAGGAGGAGAGAGAAAUUGAAAGAAAGCAAUUGGCAGCCAUAUUCGAGCUCCUGAAGAAACAGAACGAUGAAUUCAGCUUAGGCUCGAAUCUGGACGAGGACGAUCUCCACGAGCAGCUCAGUCUUUAUCGGUGAAACAGUCAUGAUAUAAUUUGAAUUUGUAAUAGUAAUUCUGCAUGAUUCUAGUCAAAAAUACCAAGAAGGUAUGAACAAAUGCAACACUGUGCAACAAUUUACCAAAAUAUGUAUUAAAUUGAAAAGUUUUUGUAUUUUCAAAUAAAUGGACAUAUCAGUUGAAAAUACUAUCAAAAUCUGAACCGAUGUUAAUGCCGAACUUUUAAAAGUAGUUCAGGAAACAAGUUCCAAAAUGAUAAGUUUUUAGCACCAGUCGUACAUUUAUCCAACAAUACAAGUCAAGAAAUACUUUUCGAUAAUAUGUUGAUUUUUAACACAUAUCGUCACUGUCGUGCAAUCUUGUCGCUUGUCGGUUUUGGGUCAAAUUGAAUAAAGAACGUUCACAAUGCCUUACCUUUUGGCUUUCACAGAUCCCCAAUAUUCGAUUCCAAUGCUAAAAUAUUCAAUAAAAAUCGAAAAACCCCGCGCAUUGCUGUCACUCUUCAUGUGAAAGUUUCAAUCUUGGCACAGCCUGAAAAUUGAUGUAAGUGCCAAAGGGAUUUCAGGUCAGAACGCGUUUGACACACGUAACUGCCAGACUACCGUAAACAUUUGUAAUUAUAACUCGGGACUCCGGCAACCAAAUUCUAACAAACUUCGGGACAAUACAUAUAAUGGUCAACCAAACAUAAUUAAAAUUAGCUAAAUUUGAACGGUUAUUGUUUACUUUGUGUACUCAAUUUUUUGUUUAUUCAAAGUCAAAUAUUAGAACGCCCGUUUUUUGGAACGUCAAAAUGCGACCUGCAACAAGAUAGACGGCAACGUCGAUUUGAAAACUUUUUUUUCGAAAGUAAGAUCAAUACAAUGAAUUAUUCAAAACACAUUUAGAUCAAAUGUAUGGCUAAAGAUGUGAAAUAAAAGAACGCAUGUUUAGUAGAU